AUGGGUAAUGCUAAAUCAGCCAUGCUGAUCCUCUUACUAGCAAUGCUCAUCGCUUGUGCCACGGCCAUGGACAUGUCCGUCGUUUCCUACGACGAAGCACACCACGUGACCACCAGUCCCGACCGCAGCCAGAGCGUUUUCGACGCUGAGGCUGUGUUGAUCUUCGAGUCAUGGAUGGUCAAACAUGGGAAAGUGUACGACUCCGUUGCCGAGAAGGAACGGCGGUUAACGAUUUUCGAGGACAACCUCCGUUUCAUCACUAACCGGAAUGCUGAGAAUCGCGGUUAUCGGCUCGGUUUGACCCGGUUUGCUGAUCUAUCUCUCCACGAGUACAACGAAGUUUGUCACGGGGCUGAUCCAACACCACCUAGGAACCACGUGUUUAUGACUACUACAACCGAUACAAGACUAGUGUUGGGAAACAACAACAAUGUUAUGAUUGAUGGGUAUGAGAAUUUGCCUUCAAACGACGAACUUACUCUAAGGAAAGCUGUUGCUCACCAACCAAUAACGGCCAUUAUCGAUUCCAGCAGCCGGGAAUAUCAGCUUUAUGAAUCGUGA